UUGUCUGCUUGUUCAAGCCUUCAAAGUUCAACAUAUACCAAUACUCAAAAACUCAUUAAAAUCAACUUCUCUUCACCAAUUUGUAUUUCUUAUAUUCAUCAUCAUCAUCAUCAUCAUCAUCAUCCUCAUCCUCUACAACCCUAACUUACCUCAUUCUUCUCCUUUUCCUCUGAUAGUUGUACUGUGUGCACUUUAUUCAAAAAAAAAAUAGUAAAAAGAAGUUGAAAUGACGACAAUAUCAAAGAUUUCGAAUCCGAUCGCAGCGAGUUCAUCUUCACCAUCUUUAGACUGGACGAACACCAAAUCUUCUUUUUCUCAGCUAACAAGGAGAUCUCUUAAAUCCAACUUCGCUUCAUCUCGCUUAUCUUUACCUACCAACCGCGCUUCUUCAUUCCCUUUCCUUGUGAAAUGCGCACAAUCUAGUGGAAAUGGGAGCCCGAUAAAGAGGACAACUUUGCAUGAUCUUUAUGAGAAGCAAGGGCAGAGUCCUUGGUAUGAUAAUCUAUGCAGACCUGUCACUGAUUUGCUCCCUUUGAUUGCUAGUGGUGUUAGAGGUGUCACGAGCAACCCUGCGAUUUUUCAGAAAGCUAUAUCCUCUUCAGAUGCUUACAAUGAUCAAUUCAGGGAGCUUAUAAAGUCCGGAAAAGACAUUGAGAGUGCUUACUGGGAGCUGGUAAUCAAGGACAUUCAAGAUGCAUCCAAACUUUUUGAGCCAAUAUAUGAUCAAACUGAUGCAGGUGAUGGUUACGUCUCUGUUGAAGUUUCUCCGAGACUUGCGGAUGACACUGAGGGUACUAUAGAGGCUGCUAAGUGGCUUCAUAAAGUGGUCAAUCGCCCUAAUGUUUACAUAAAGAUUCCGGCGACUGCUCCCUGCAUCCCUUCGAUCAAGGAAACUAUUGCCAACGGUAUAAGUGUCAAUGUUACUCUCAUUUUCUCUCUUUCAAGGUAUGAGGCUGUGAUGGAUGCGUACUUAGAUGGGUUGGAGGCUUCUGGUCUCAGUGAUCUUUCCAGAGUGACCAGUGUGGCUUCCUUUUUUGUCAGUAGGGUUGACUCCCUAAUUGACAAGUUGCUUGAAAAGAUAGGAACCCCUGAAGCUCUUGAUCUCCGUGGGAAGGCGGCUGUGGCUCAAGCAAUUUUGGCAUACCAACUUUAUCAAAAGAAAUUUUCUGGUCCCAGAUGGGAAGCAUUGGUUAAAAAAGGCGCGAAGAAGCAAAGGGUAUUGUGGGCCUCUACAAGUGUUAAGAAUCCAUCCUACCCGGACACCCUCUAUGUUGAUCCUUUGAUUGGACCUGACUCUGUUUCAACCAUGCCUGAUCAGGCCCUUCAAGCUUUUAUUGACCAUGGGACGGUCUCAAGGACAAUAGACGCAAAUUUCUCUGAGGCAGAAGGCAUUUAUAGUGCGCUCGAGAAGUUGGGAAUUGAUUGGAACCAAGUGGGUUCUCAGCUGGAAAUCGAAGGAGUAGAUUCUUUCAAGAAGAGUUUUGACAGCCUGCUUGAUACCUUGCAAGAGAAAGCCAACUCCCUGAAUUUAGUUAACCAAUGAAUGCCCCGUGGUGUGUUAGAAAAAAGAGUGAAUCGUUUUCAAUUUUUGCUGUAGACUUGAAUAAAAGUGGCUGGCUCGUGAACUACUAGUAAAUUUGCUUAUAAGCUUUUCCUGUACUGCUAUUAGAAUGGAUUUACUCAGUUGUGUCAUCGCAUUCGCUUCAGACCGGCUGUUUCGAUUUCAUAUGAUCAUUUUAAGGCCAAACUGCGGCUGAAAAGUUUCCUGAUGUAAAAAGUUUGAGAUAAAAUCCAUGGACUAUGAUCCAAAUAUUCAAGUUA